AUGAGCGUCGCACGUCCGGCGCGCAACCUCCUCGGCAGGUGCAUUGCCUCAUCCCGAACAGCCUCAACAUCCAUCACCGUCCCCGUCAUCCCAUGCAGUCAAUUUCACAGUUCGGCACCCCGGUCUAAGCGCAAGUCUCGAUUCCGAAAUGUCACCGCUCAGGAGCUAGGAUUGAUUAAGGAGUCGGGCGAACACACCAGCAAGAUGGAACAGUACAAGCAAGACAAGUUCGGCGAGUUGAGCAAGAAGGAUUUGGAGAGAAUGAGGGCCUCUUACACGGCAGAGCAGCUCGAGGCUAUCGAAUUGGGUGAAAAGGCUGUCAGUCCCGAAGAUAUGAUCAUUCAGGGUCGUAUACGUGACGAUCCUUACAAGCCCACCUACAUCGAGGAUUACACAACGCUCGACCCCCGCUACGAUAUCAAGCCCGAGAUUGAGGGCACUCCGAGGGAGGUGCAAUGGCCCGACAAGAACCAAUGGAUCGAUAACUACGGAGAGAACAUGAGAAAGAUUACCGACAAGAAGACAAGCGACCAACUUACCCGUGCCAUGGUUCGGGCAUUGCGGCGUGUCAAGGAGAGCCAAGGCGAGGACUUGAUAGACCUUACCGAGGAGGAGCUCAAGGAUAUUGAGAAGGACCCAGAGCUGAUCAAGCGUUACAUUAUCGCCGAGGAUGGCCCUGAGCCCACUGCCAACGAUAAGGGUCCUGAAUUCAUGACCCGCUCUCAAGCUGAGAAGCUUGACGAGGCUGUUGAUGACGCAUGGAAGUCUGAGCUUGACAAGAUCGUUGGUUUCGGAAGCCAGGGUGAAGUUGAGCCCUCGAAUCUUGAGCUCAUCCAGGACGGCCCCGCCGGUGUCGACCGCACAUACACAGCUGAGGCACCUGACCUGGGCAAGGUCCCUGGUGUCAAGGGUCUGUACAAGCAUGCUGUUGACCCCGAAGAUCAAGGUCAGGACGAUUCUGGUAAGUACCAGGAGAUCAAGCGUCUGACGGGCAUGACCCUCAAGGAGAUCCGCUCGCUGCUCACAAAGGGUCUUGUAACUCGAUGGGUCUCUAACCAGACUCGUCUGGGUAAGGUCCGCAGCACUUCUGUUGUUGCCAUUGCUGGUAACGGCAACGGUCGUCUGGGUCUCGGAAUGGCCAAGUCCACUGAGCCUGGUGUCGCUGAGGAGACAGCUCAGAUGUUGGCUAUUCGCAACAUGAAGCCUGUUCGCCGAUACGAGAACCGUACCAUCUACGGCAACGUGUCUUCCAAGAUCUCUGGCACUGUCGUUGAGUUGAUGGCUCGACCUCCUGGCUUCGGUCUUCGAUGCCCCCACCGUAUCUUCGAGAUGUGCCGCGCUGCCGGUAUUCACGACAUUGCUGCCCGCAUGCCCCGGUCCAAGAACCCCAUGAACUCGGUCAAGGCGGCCUACCAAGCACUCACCAACCAGCCCGACCCCGAGCAGAUCGCUAUCGGCCGUGGCAAGAAGUUGGUAGAUGUGCGCAAGGUGUACUACGGAGGAGCUGUAUAUUAA